AUGACCAAAGAAGCAUGGAAUGCCUAUCGAAAGAACGCCUGGGGCGGAGAAGCGCUGGAUCCAAUCGAUAACAUCACAUGCAGUGACUCAUUUGGUGACGAUUCAGGACGAACCAUCAUUGCAUCAUUGAGUACAUUAAAAGUGAUGGGUCUUGAAGAAGAGUUUAAUGAAGCCAAAAAGUGGGUACACGAGCAAAUGAGCUUUACAAAUUUGGAGAAAGAUGUCUCGGUUAAGUUGACAAUCACUGAUUACAUUGGUGGAUUACUUUCUGCUUUUGCUCUCACAGCCGAUGAAACGUUUCACCAGAAAGCAAAUGAAAUUGGCGAAGUGGUUAAAAUAGCCUUUGACCCCAAAUCAGGCUUGCUGCAUAACACUCUUAAUCCAAAAAGAAAGCUAUCACAUUACAAUUUUGACUUUAGACGUUGGUAUUUGAACUCUAUUUCAGCAAUUGGUCAUCAGCAACCAGAAUUGCUAUACCUUGCUGCUUUAAACAAUGACAAAAAACUGCAAGUUCUAAUAGAAAAGAAAAUUCAUAAAACAGUUAAAAGCUUGCCAAAGCCUGGUGGGCUCUACAAAAGUGCCGUUGAUGUUCGAGACGGAACAUGGAUCACUGAUGGCGUUUUAGUAUCUUUUGAUGAAAAUUCAAAAGAUUUUUAUUAUAACCAUCUUCGGUCAUACCUACUGUCAGGUGGCAAAAAGAGCAAAGUAUUUAAAAAUUUCAUUUUGGCAAUGAAAUCGCUCAUUGACACUAGAAUGAUAAUCCCGCUAACUGACGAUGGACGGCGCUACGUGACUUACAUUGACUCUGAAGUUUUACUUGAUGUGGGCAAAACAAUGACCACUUCUACCUGCUAUUUAGGAGCCAUGUUGUACCUAGCAGCUGAAUCAGACAAGUUACUAAAAAAAGAAAAUAGCUCAAUUUUGAGCAAUUACCAAGCAGAAGUGUUUCGUGUGUUGGCAGAAAACAUCACUGAAACAUGUCACAUUUUGGCAGAAAACACCAACACCAAACUGCUUCCAUCGACAGUUUAUUUACGUUUGACUGAAAAUUAUCCAUUUGGAGACAUGGCUUUUGGCAGUUCUGAGUAUUCGUAA